GCCCUGGACGAUACAACGAAGAUGCCUUUGAGUAGAGCUACGAGAAGCCGACAACGGUUACAGCAAUUGAGCUGGCAAUCACCAUUGUUCCCUAUUUUCUUGAUAAAGUGACAUUUAAAGAGGUGUAAAUAUCUCAAUUGCCAGCAUAUUAAUCAAUAAUGAGCUCUCGUUAGCACAUUGGCAGGCACAUAUUUGCCCGUGUUAAUCUGAACAACCACGAUCCUUUUACGACUCUUCCACACCCACCACCACCACCACCAUGACCUCGAAAUGCCUUCUCCGAGUAUUCACCUCAUAUAGAAUAUCGAAACCAACUCACUAUGUGAUCUCGCCUCUCGCCUCAUAUCCGCGAAAUGCUGUCCAGAAACGCAGUCCCAGGGUCUCGAACCCAAGCCCCCCGUUCCAAUGCCGCGCAUUCAACAGCACGAACAACCCACCGCUGCACAAACUAGGCAGCAAGUCCGAGCCCUUCCCGCGGCGUCCCAAGCCACCACCAGAGUCAGAGAUCGAAGAGUCAUUCCUCAAAGGCAGUGGACCCGGCGGCCAAAAAAUUAACAAAACGAACUCAGCCGUCCAACUAAAGCACAUCCCAACCGGCCUCGUCGUAAAAUGCCAGGCGACCCGCUCGCGCAGCCAGAACCGCACCAUCGCCCGGAGAUUGCUAGCCGACAAGCUCGACGACAUGAGGCACGGCGACGAGAGCCGCUCGUCCAUCGUCGGCGAGGUCAAGCGCAAGAAGAAGGCCAGCUCGGCGAAGAAGAGUCGGCGGAAAUAUCGCAAACUCGAAGAGGAGAAAGGGAAAGGAGCUAGUAGUACCGAGGAGCAAGAGAUCCUAGAGGAGGAGGAGGAAGAGGAGGAGGAUAAUGAAGAUAGCGCCGAUCUUGUGGACGAAGAGCCGCUUGAGAAGGGAAGGGAACCCGGAGGCAAGGACGAGGACAUGGGUACUACGGAUACAGUAAACCUCAAUAAAAUAGAGCAGCAAAGUAGAAUAUGACCAAUGAGAUAUAUCACACUAUCCGGCCUCUGCUGUUGCUUGAUAAGUCAGUUUAGAAUACCGGACUUAUCAAGGGCGAUUUGGUUUUCAUG